UUGAAAAGGCUGACUAGGGAGAAGGCUGACUAGAGAGAAGGUGACCAGCUGACUACAGGCAUGCACACUCUGUACCAGCACAUGAGAACAGUUGAGGUGGCACCAUGUAGCAAUCCCUGGCGCAUGGCCUGUCUACUGGGCAUUUUCAACUUCCUGGGGUCGGUCACACCCCUCCAUGUGGCUCCCGUGAUGACUGGCCUCCGCUCCGCCUUUUCAGCCACGCGGACCAAUAGCAUCCUGGGAGGCACUCAGAACGCUGUGACCUUCAACAAGCUCCUAGUCAACACAGGGAGUGAUUUCAACCCAGACACGGGCCACUUCCGCUGCAGAAUCCCUGGAGCCUAUUACUUGUCCUUCACGUUGGGGAAAUAUCCCAAGAAGAUGUUGUCUGUCAUACUGGUGAAGAAUGGGCAGGAAGUGCAGGCUAUAGCUUAUGACGAUUACAAAAAGAAAGGGAGGAAGGUCCAGAGUCAAAGUGUCAUGAUCAGCCUGAGGGCCAUGGACACAGUGUGGCUGAUGCUGCAGGACAGUCCUCAGUAUGCUCUAUACAGCAACGCUGGACCUUACAUCACCUUCACCGGUUACCUGGUGUACCCCGACAUCUCCACCACUGGCUAUCUCAACAACCGCCUAUCUCUGUCAGGGCAGCCCUACCCCAACUCCAACUGUCCCCCUCCUGGAGACCACAUGUACGGCUGGAGUGGUAGUGCUGAGGCCCCUGUGGAGCCUCGCUCUGCCUUCUCCAUGGCCAGGACAUCCCCGGUCCUGGGGGAGAAUGGUGGCGGGCACCAGGAGAAGGAGCCUCUGACCUUUGAUGUGGAGUACGUCAACAUUGGAGGGCACUUUAACAAGACGUCGGGCCGCUUCACCUGCCGCUACCCUGGUGCCUACUACUUUGCCUUCACUGUGGGGAAGCACCCGCGCAGGGCAGUGUCAGUCAAGCUGAUGACAGGCCAAGGCGAGGUGCAGGCCAUGGUGUUUGACGAGGAUACGUCCAGGAGGAGGGAGAUGCAGAGCCAGAGUUUGCUGCUGUCGCUCCAUAGGGGGGACAACGUGUGGCUCUACAGCCAGCAGGACGAGCGCUACGCCGUCUACAGCAACCAGGGACGCUACACCACCUUCUCAGGCUUCCUGGUCUACCCAGACGUUGAGCCCACCACCACCACCAGCCAGGACCUGGACAGAACUCACUUCUGAGGGCUCAAAGUUCUUCAAAACACACUGGACCCUCCUAGAAAAUGUACAUGGUGCUAUGGUUACAAAAUCUAAAGUGUGAAUGUCAGUGCUAAGUUGCACUAUGCUUCAUAGGCUUUGUUUAGAACCGCUGUAGUCAGCUUCUGGGUGUGGAUGGAACAACAACAGUAGCAACCUCUAAACAAUGGGGCAGAGAUGUACAUAUAUUAUACACAUCUUAUACACAGAUACACAUUUGUUGGCCAUUUAUUGAUUUCAUAGUAUUAUAUCAUUCCACAAGAUGGGGCUGGGAGUUCAUUUUUUGGAUACAACGACAAGCUUAGACAUUAUUACACAUAAUCAUGUAAUGUUUCUCUUUAUUACCAAAUUGUCUGUGGAUAAGUGGGUGAUUUUCUGUUUUGUUAUUGGCUGCGUUUAAACCAAAGUUAUGGGUUACAUGUUAGUAUAUGAUGCUGGAUCAUUAGAAUUCUUUGGAUACCUCAUGAUUUUUUUCUCUCAUUCGCCAAAAACUAUGUGUUACAAUAAGUAGAGCUUUCCUAGGUAAUCUUUAUAUAUACAGACAUGCUUAGGGACAUAAUUAUUUAUCCUUACUGAGCAGAUGUGUUUGCAAAGACUCAGAAAAACUCAGAAAACCAUUUAAUCAUUUAACUUGUGUAGUGAUUGCAUUGAGUAGACUACUAUGUAAAUACUGCAUAGUUUGCCUGAAUGACUGUAUGGACUUAGAUAACCUGAAUGUGAUGUAGUUAUGAAUGUUUGAUAUAUUCUGAAUGCAUAGUGAAAGAAUAUUCAUUAAAGGAAAAGUUUACCCAAAACCCAGAAAAAAGUGUAUUCCAUACAUUGAAAGUAGUUCAGUGGAGUUUGCCCUCUCCCCCUCUCUCUCCCUGUAGGUCAACUGACUUGUGACAUUGAUGGAUGCAGGCCUCGCUAUGCUCUGUUGCCAGUUAAUUAAUGAUUCAGAAAUCUGCGAAGUGUGGACAAAUCCAUUGUUUUAUUGAAGGCGUAUGGCCGAAUCAGCUAUUUUUUGUCAGGAAAUGUGUACUUUUCCACCUAAAACAUUUGCGAUUAUUUUACAUAAUUAUUUUAUGUAACCAAAUGCCACAGCGCAUGUGCGCUCUUGGGGGAAUCCCUGCUAAGUAGAAAUGGCACUGUAUGCCCUUCUUGAACUGAGCCUGAGUAUUCGCAUGAAGAAUUGUGGCAAAUUGAGCUUCAGAUGGCAGCUGCUGCUUUACAUGCUGACCAGACCGGAAACGUUGCGUGCUCGAGCGUUGCAAAAUAAAUGUAGAAAUCCAUGUUAUUCAAUUAUUGCUCCCACACUGCUUGCACGCGCCAACAAGCGUCUGCGUUGCCGGGGGCUAAAAUCAUUCCUAUUUCAGACGCAGAAAUCUCCUCAUUGGUUUAUAGAAGCAGGUACCCAAGUGCCAUCUCCUAAUUGGUAAUACCCACGUGGGUGAUUGAAAGUCGAACUGUUUUGCCGGUCGUCGUGGUAAUACUAUGAACGUUUAGAUGCCAAUCACCAUAUAAGUUCAAAGAUGAAAAAGCCUGAAAGGAGGAGAGAUGACUAGAAAGGAUUCGGUUGACCGUUUUAUGUGUGGAUUAAUUGUCGGAGUAGAGGACCUUGUGAUUUCAGGUAAAAUAACAACUCAAUGUUUAUAUUCCAGGACAAAUUAGCUAGCAAGUGCAAUCUAGCUAGCUAAAUUGCCAUACAUGUUUAAUGCUUUUCGACCUGUCCCCAAAUUAAUGUAAUUGGUUCAGAGUUUGUUUUGAUAUUUUAAUCUGCGUGUCGUGCUCGCGUUUGGUGUGGGGGGACAAAAUACAUUUAUGCACGAUGGCACACGCGUGCAGCCGGUUUGGGUUCCGUGAUAGCCAUCGAAGCCGUAGCAGUAGCUGGACCACAGCCCCAACCAUCCUCAGGAUCAUCACAGACUGACUGGUGGUGUAAUUGUGGCAAUUGCGCUCCAAUGCUGCGAAGGAGGAUUGUUUGUGCUGCGGAUCAUUUGAUUAUGUAACUACAAUUCUUAUAGAAAUGGAGGAACAUAAUUAUGAUAAAGAGCAGUUAAUUUGCUUUUGAGACCACAGGGAUAUUGCUGCCCAGAUUAACUCUGGUGUCCUUGAAACAUUUAUCCGUAUUCCAAAAACGAAUUGGAGACGCACUACUCUUCCAGCUGGGACAAAUGGACAGUUGUCUAAUGAGUAAGUAGCUAAACUUUACUUUAAUGAAUGAUUGCUUCUCUUAAACCUUUAUUAAUGGGGAUAUUCGUGGGUUUUAUGUUUUGACAUUAGCUCAAAACCCUAUAUAGCCUAUGUUUAUAUAUCACAGUGUUUUUUGUAUAUUAUAUUCUGUAAUAUAAGGUGACACAAUGUCUAUUGUCCACCGCCCGUCAUAAAUACAUAGGGCACAUAUGCCAUCCUGUAGAGCACCUAGGCCUGUACUGUAUGUCUACAUUAUAUGGUGCAAUGGUAAUAACGCAAUACGAACACCAUGAACUUCAAGAAUCAGGCUGGCAACGGAGCAGAGCAGGCCUCUAUCCAGCAACGCCACGUGACCGUUUUUGCAGCUUUUUCAGUACAGCACUAUGUUUGUUUAUCCCAUUUGUAGCUCUGUGUUGUUGUUUUUGUCGCACCUCUUUGCUUUAUCUUGGCCAGGUCAGAGUUGUAAAUGAGAACUUGUUCUCAACUGGCCUAACUGGUUAAAUAAAGGUGAAAUAAAAUAAAAAAUAAAAGGGAGAGAGAGGAGAGAGAGGGCAAACGCCACUGAUCUAUUUUCAAUAUAUGGAAUCACUUGGGAGUUUUAGGAUUUGGGUAGACUUCUCCUUCAAGCAGCAGUUCCAUGAUUCAAAGGUCAUCCAUGGGAUCCAAAAAGUAAUGGCUGAAAUUGAUCCAUGUGUGAUUUAAACUUCUCUUGUAUAAGAAAUAAAAAAUGUACAGUUAUGUUAUUCAAUAUUUUUAUUAUUCUACCUCCCACACAGUACAUUGAGCAG